CAUAUACAAAACCCAUAGUUUCCUGGUAGAAGAGGAAGAGAACUCCAAAAGAAAAGAAAAUAAAAUAAAAGAAAAGAAAAGAAAAUAAAAUAAGCCGGUGCCUGCAGUGUAUGAGAUUAUGAUAACAGAAACAAGUCCAUAUGAUAACACGAACGAACCCAUAAGUACGUUACAACUGUGAACACAUGCACUAUUUAAAAGACAAAUCCACAGCAGAAUUAAUCAGUAGCGAAAUGGAUUCGACAGAUAGCAGUGCGAAAACAAAAUCUAAAGAAAUUGAACUGUGUUACGAUGACUAUCCCAAGAAGAGAAAGCGUCCUUCCCAAGUAGCGGUGGUUAUUCCCACCAUGGAAGAAUCCAAGGCCGCCGCGUCCUCCUCCUCCUCCUCCGCAACGCACGGUUCCAUAUCCGUGAUCGGGCGGCGACGCGCAAUGGAGGACGCCGUCAUGGUGUUUCCCGGCUUGGUGGCGGCGGGGCAGUGGUGUGGCGGUUAUGAUUUCUUCGCGGUUUACGACGGACACGGCGGGACGUUGGUGGCGAACGCUUGCCGCGACAGGCUACACCUGCUGUUGGCGGAUGAAGUGAGGGAGAACGCGAAGAAGGGAUUGGAUUGGUGCGAGGUUAUGUAUUCGUGUUUCAUGAAGAUGGACAAGGAGAUCGGAGUUGGUGGUAAGGCGAACGAUGACGGUGGCGGAAACACCACAGGUUCAACGGCGGCGGUUGUUGUCGUUGGGAAGAAGGAGAUUGUGGUGGCGAAUUGCGGUGACUCGAGGUCGGUGUUGUGCCGCGGCGGUGUAGCCAUAGCACUUUCGCGUGAUCAUAAGCCUGAUCGUUCAGAUGAAAGAGAGAGAAUAGAAGCUGCCGGUGGAAGAGUGAUUAACUGGAACGGAAGUCGUGUUUUGGGAGUUCUUGCAACUUCCAGAUCCAUAGGGGAUCAUUCGAUGAAACCUUUUGUGAUAUCUGAGCCAGAGACGAUGGUGUACGAGCGAACAGAGCGUGAUGAGUUUGUGGUGGUAGCAAGCGAUGGGUUAUGGGAUGUGGUGUCAAACAAGUUUGUUUGUGAGGUUGUACGAAGCUGCCUCCAUGGCCAAAUCAAGAGGAAUUUAAAAGAGGAGACUGUUGUAAGCAAUGCAACAGAAGCUGCAUCUUUGUUGGCAGAGUUGGCCAUGGCUCGUGGAAGCAAAGACAAUAUCAGUGUCAUAGUCAUCCAACUCAACAACACCACUUCAUCCUGAACUCCAUCUAUAGUAAACAACACAAGAAAGAGGAAGAGCGUCACUCAAGACAAUAAGGCAAAAGAAAGAGGUGGAGAUUUGCAAAUUACGACCUCGAGCUCAAGCCGUCCCCUCUCAGUUUUUAGUUCCUCAACUAGUUGAAGUUUUUUAUAUCUUCUUACCAAGCAUUUGUGCUGCAAGUGGUCUUCACGUAUCUAUAGAUAGAGAAAGCUUGCUUGAAUGGUU